CCCGAAAUUCAAUUAAAGGAUAGCUAAACCUUGCCAUUUUCUCAAAUAAAAGAUAAUACACACCCACCAAGAAGGAAUCAUCUCCAAAAUACCAGACACCCUGUUUACUUUCUCACUUCGGUCACCGCUACCACCGUCGCGUCUCUGACUUUCUAAGGUUUCAACAUUGAACAGCAAACAAGCAGAAGAAGAACCGAAAUUUCAUAUGGGGCAGGUUAAACGGUUUUCUUUCAAAGAGUUACAAGCUGCGACCGAUAACUUCAGCAAUAAAAACUUAUUGGGUAAGGGUGGAUUUGGUAACGUUUACAAAGGACGACUAGCUGAUGGCUCAUGGGUUGCUGUAAAACGGAUGAAGGAACAACGAACCCAAGGUGGGGAGUAUUAUUUUCAAAAGGAAGUCCAGAUGAUUAGUAUGGCUGUUCAUCGUAAUCUCCUUUGUUUAAGGGGAUUUUGCAUGACACCAAAGGAACGAUUGCUCGUUUACCCCUAUAUGGCCAAUGGAAGCGUUGCAUCACGUUUGAAUAAAGACCGACCGCCAAACCAGCUACCAUUAGAUUGGCCUACUCGUAAACAGAUUGCAAUAGGGUCAGCAAGAGGACUGUCAUAUUUGCAUGAUGAUUGUGAUCUGAAGAUUAUUCAUCAUGAUGUUAAAGCUUCUAACGUUUUCUUGGAUGAGAAGUUUGAGGCUGUCAUUGGAGAUUUCGGUUUAAUGGACUACAAUGACACGUAUGUCAUGACAGCUGGAUGUGGCACGUUCGGGCAUAUUGCUCCUGAAUAUCUCUCAACUGGAAAUGUAUCAGAAAAAACUGAUGUUUUUGGGUACGGGAUCAUGCUUUUGGAACUCAUUACUGGACAAAGGGUGUUUGAUCUUGCUCGACUUGCUAACGAUGAUGGUAACGUCAUGCCACUGGAUUGGGUAAAAGGACUUCUUAAUGAGAAGAAAUUGGUCCUUGAUCCCGAUUUGCAAACCAAUUAUGUAGCGUCGGAGGUUGAACAGCUAAUUCAGCUGGCAUUGCAAUGUACACAAGACUCACCAAUGAACCGGCCAAAGAUGUCAGAUGUUGUAAGAACGUUGGAAGGUAACAGGCUGCCAGAAAGAUGGGAUAAGUGGCAGAAAAGGGAAGUUCUACAAACUUACCUUUCACCACUUCCUAACUCUGUUUGUAUUCUUGAUUCAACUCAUAACCUACAAGCAGUGGAAUUAUCUGGGCCCAGGUGAUCAAGAUAGUAAAGAAAUGAUCUUUCUGUAAUUGGGGUAUUGUAACUUUCUUUUGCUUGGCACAUGUAACUUAUCUUGUAGUAUUGUUAUAUCGUAUUAAGCUUACAUCGUCUGUCUAUAUAUUCAAUUAAGUUAAAAAUUGAAUAUAUAAUAGAUGAAAUAUGAGCGGAUUUGUAAUUAGAGCGGAUUUGUAAUUAGAUGAAAGCGGGUAAUUAGAAUCUUUGUGGUGUUCAUUUUC